GGGCUCGGUGACAAUAUGGCGGCGCGCGGCGAAGUGGGGAUGGUUCGGUUCCGCGUGCUGGAACUAGACGAGCCAUCAGUCCGUAGCGACGCGUCCCCGGGGCAAGUCGCUAUGAUGGUGUCACGUUAUUCGUUCGGUUCUCGGCUCAAUGCCAUGGUGUAUCAUGGAUUCGCGAUUCUCGUUCUGUUCUCUGUUCUUCUCGUGUCGUGUCCAGUUACCUGUCAAGAGACGUUAACGAAUCGGAUGCGUGUGAUCAGCGAGGAUCUGGACCGGCAGCUAAACGGAAUCAUGGCCUUGCAGGCCCUCAACUACACGACGAUUAACACGACCGGGCUGCUAUACAACGCCACCACGAAGUUCAACCCCAAGGGCAUGGGCCAGCUGUACAACGUGACCAACACGUUCAUCGACUUCGUGCAGAGCAAACAAGCCUACCCAGAAGGGAUGUUCACCGUAGAAAAUCAAGUACCAACGUUUCGGUACACUUUGUCCGAAUGGAGGAUCAUCGUGACCCAUUACGGUGGUUUAGCUGGUCUAGCAUUCGUUGGUCUCCUUUUGGCGGCGAUUUUACCAUGCGUGGGUUUGUUCUUUUGUUGCUGCAGAUGCGCCGGUCAUUGCGGUGCCAGAAGCCAGCCGUUCGACAAGAAACACGAUCAUUGUAGAAAGGUGUUGCUCAGCAUGGUGCUCAUAGCAGUAGCUACUAUUAUAUUGUUCGGCGUUGUCUGCGCGUUUGUGACGAACGAGUACAUGCAGGAUGGCAUCAAGGAGCUUCCGAGCAACGUGAAAACCAGCCUGAAGGAUGUGAAACUAUACCUGAGCACCACCAAGGAAGAGAUCAAUAAUCUUCUCAUUACUAAUUUCGACGAGCUUGAAAUUAAUCUGAACAACAUACUUCAAGCGAGCGGCAGAAUCGUUACCGAACAGCUCGCCGAAUAUUCUCAUGCGGUCUCUCUUACUAAUCUCAGCGAUAUUGUGGCUGGAUUGGAGUCCAUCAAGGAGGAUCUGAAGACCAUGCAUAUAAUCACUAGAGAUCUGAGGACGAACGCCAGUGAACUGGACAAUGUUGUACGAGGUGUUAAAAAUAAUUUGCUUCACACGCUCGCAGCUUGCAAGACCCAGCAUUGCAAACAGGUGUUGAACGAUUACAAAGUGAAUCAAAUGUCCGUUCAAGUGGACUUCGACAAGUACAUGGACCGAUAUUUCCCGAAGUUACCAAACGUCACAUCAGCCUUGCACAACAUUACCAUGCUGAUGAAAGGUAACAUCGUGUCGGAAGUGAGCCAAGGUAAAGAAUCGUUCCUGAAGAUACAAAAGGAUAUUCAGCACGCGGUGAAUCAGACCAUCCCUGUGGUCAGUGCUAGCAUAGAUAUAACCGGAAACUUUUCCAAGAACCUGGCGAACAACAUGACGAUGCUUAUCGAUAGGAUAAACGUCGAUAUUGAUAGAGUUUACAUCAAGCAUCUGGAUUAUGCUCGAACGCAUAUUGAUCAGUAUUCACCGUACAGGUACUAUCUGGGCCUUGGAAUAUCAGGAAUUCUGUUAACCGUUUUAAUGUGUCUGACUUUUGGUCUCUUCUGUGGAAUUUGUGGGAAACGUCCAGAUGGUUACGGGGACGACUGCUGUAAUAAAGGUUCAGGAGCACGAUUCCUCAUGAUGGCUGUCUGGAUUAUUUUCCUUUUAACCAGCGUCCUAAUGGUGAUCACUGUAGCACACAUGGUCACCGGUGUUCUCGUUCAGCGAGCAAUUUGCGAACCUUUGAAGAAUCCUCAGGACAACAGGAUGUUCGCUCUGGUCGAUGAAAUUGUUCAGGUGAAGAAGACACUCUACCCGCAGAAUCCGAAUAUUGAUAUAAACAUGAGUUACAUUGUCACGAAUUGCCAUCGAAACGAACCAUUGUACCGGGUUCUGAAGCUGAACAAUCUCUUUGAUCCGAACUCGUUGCGCGAAUACGCUGGUCGUUACGAUAUCAACAACACUAUUCAACAGUUACGUCGUAAAAUUAGUUUGUCACCAGGUGUAGUAAUCCUCACAGAGAGCGCCAAGUCAAAGCUGAACGACCUCGCCCAAAGCGGUCUGAGCGAUAUUAAAUUUUAUCAAUAUGCUGAGAUCCUUGCCGAUAAUAUUACCAACAUCAAUCUGGAACAUUUGGCAAGGCAGCUGUGGGAGGUCUCAGCCAAAUUACCGGAAGGACAGGACGACAUUCGGGACAGUCUGGAGAAAAAUGCGAUGAAUCUGGAACAUUAUCAUAGAGAUCUAGUGGUGCCGAUGUCGACGCUUAGCGAACAGUUAGCCGCGAAGGCUCUCGCUCUUGAGGAGAAGAUAAAGUUCAAUCAUAGCUCGAUGGCGGAGGCAAUUCAUGACCUCGUUGACGAAGUCACGAAAGCGCAGCAGUUCCUGAACAAAGACGGGCCAGAAUACGUGCAAGAUCUAGCAACUAAGUUUGGAAACGCUUUUCUUCGUCAAGUCGAUGACUUCCUCGAACGUGUGAUCGAUCACGCUUUGUUUCACAUUGGAAGUUGCGCUCCUGUUUCAAACGCUUACAAUGCCACUUUGGUUGCAGGCUGUAACAGGAUCUUAGAUCCAUUCAACGGUUUCUGGGCGAGUGUCGGAUGGUGUUUGAUCCUCUUCAUUCCAACCAUAGUACUCUGCGUGAAACUGAGCGCGCUGUAUCAAAAAUCAGACCCUUAUCCAGGACCUCUAGUCGAAGCUGAAUAUUUGUAUGACGCGUAUGCAGACAGGGAUAACAUACCCCUUACUCAUGUCCACGACAAGAAAUACGUGUCUCAUAGUAGAGACCCAUACGCCAAGUACGAAAGCUACGACGGACCAGCAGGUGGAUACAGCGAGCGAGAAAGGGUAGCGGAUGCCCAUCAAAGCACAUCCCAUUACCAUCAUCACUAUUCAAGAUAUUCUGAUGUAGCGCCAAAUUCAACCCCUUCGUGGCGAAGCCACGAAUCUACCGCCCCCUCCAAAACAGAACCUCACAAUAAAGUCUUUAGCAUAUCGAUAGAAGCGCAAAACUGUGAUUUUCCUAAUGGUGGACCUCCUGGUUACCAGCCAGCCGCAGCAGCUCCUCCGCCUUUGAGCACAGAGUACGAACGACCACCCCCCUAUUAUUACUAUCCUGGGCCAGGGGACACAAAUUAGGAAACAAGUGCCGUGGCAUGCACAAAGUUAGCGCUGAGUAGCGUCGCUACUCACAGUCUCACUCGCAGUUACAGGAGGACACUCAGGAAGAAAGAGAAGUCCAGGUGCAGGCGAGACUACGUUUAAUUGUAGCGUUUCUAUUUGAGCGUGCCACGGACCGUGCGAACGGCGGUAUCAAUGAAAGACCAAGUUUAAUACAGACUGAGGUAGGCUAAAUGGAUCCUUCAGCGAGUGCAAGUAGUGUGAUCAAUGUGUGCGAUUUGUUUUCUUUAGUAAUUAUUAUUUAGACUCGCGAAAGGGACGUUACGUUGUGUCGAAUGGUUUUCUGCGACUCGACAGCCUUUUUAUUAGCGCAACAAUGUUUUCUUCAUUUAUGUCUUUCUUUUAUUUUAUUAUUAUUACUAGAUGAACUGUAAUGAAGCGAUGAUUUGCAUCGUUUGUGCUAUGUUAAUCGUUGGACAAUCGAUUUUUAACACGACUGAUUAUUUACCACCGUUUAUAACCCUUUUCUCUCAUGAGAAUGCCAUUAUGAUUAUCUUUUUUUUUUUAUUCGAUUUGUCUUCAAGAUUUACAUGCAUCAAGUUUAAUCGUGACUCUCGAAGACGCGUUGAUCUUUUAUCGUUUUUUUUUUUUUUUUU